AUGUCGCUUCAACAUUUGGAGAAUGUUGUCAAUGCUUCCGCAAGAGUAGCGUCACUUGAUUUUACAUCACUCCGAGGGCGUGUGGAUGUGUUGACUGAUCGAACGGCAGCUCGAGGAGCUAUCAGAGACGCAUUUAUGCAUGAACGGAAACUCUUUACGAUGGUCGAUGAAGGAGGGGCGGUUACCCGACCGCAAUUCGAACCUCCAACCCCUUUACGAGGUGCGGGUCCGUUGACUGUUGAAAGACUUAUAAGAGGUGCAAACGUUUUAGCGCAAAUAUGUGGUCUUGCGGAUGCCAAAAAAUAUAUUUCUACUCUGAAUCAGCGCAACGAAGAGAUAACAUCAUCGAUAGAUUCAUUGGAAUCUAUAUUGGAGAAGGCAAUGGAUAUAAACUUUUUUGGAUUGAUAUAUACACGCUUGUUCACUUUUGACUGA